CCAUCAAACCAAGGUACCCAGUAGUAGUAUUGCUAUUACAAUUAUAAUUUUAAGAUCCUUUCCUGUAGUAGGUGCCUACUGUCUCCUUGUAAAAUCUAUGUUGUUUCAUGGAGACUCAAAGGCCUCAUGUUGCGAUUUUCCCUAGCCCUGGCCUUGGUCAUCUUAUUCCCUUAGCUGCCUUUGCCCAACAACUAGCAACAAUUCAUGGCUUUUCAGUCACCUUUAUUAAUGUGUCAACUGGUUCCUCCCCAAUGCAAGAUUCAAUCCUUGCAGGACUCGAGCAAACUUGCAAGGGUUUUGUGAAGUCGGUCGAGCUCCCGAUGAUGGACAUGUCUGAUAUCCCUCCUGACACUGGGAAGGUUGUGCAAAUAUCGUUGACCAUUAGGAGGUCUCUUGGUUCCCUUCGAGGGCUCCUUGGAGAUCUCUUUAGUGGUUUACCUACGGCCACAGGUCGUUUUCCUGCAAUCUCUGGCCUCAUAGCAGACCCCUUUUGCGCCGAUGUUAUAGAGCUUACACAUGAACUACAAUUGCCUACAUAUCUUUUUUUCACAUCAACUGCUACCUUGCUCUCUCUCAUGUUGCACCUCCCAACUCUAGAUCAAGAGAUUUCUGGCGAGUAUCGUGAUCUUGAUUUUCCUGUACAAGUCCCGGGUUGCUUUCCAAUACCUGGAAAAGACUUGCCUGAGCAACUACAGGAUCGAGAGGACGAGGAGUAUGCAUGGUUCUUACGCCAUGCUAGAAAGUAUAUUGAAGCAAAAUCCAUACUUAUCAAUACCUUUCAAGCCCUAGAGCCUCAUCCAAUAAAAACCUUGAGAGACAAGAGGCAUGGGGGGCGAUCUCCGCCCAAGAUAGUUCCGGUGGGUCCCUUGACUCUUGACUUGCCAGACAACCCAGGAGAAGAAUGCUUGAAAUGGCUUGAUGAGCAACCCCUCAAUUCAGUUUUAUUCGUAUGUUUUGGUAGUGGGGGAACCUUUACACAUGAGCAAAUGAAUGAAAUGGCCAUGGGGUUGGAGGCAAGUGAGCAGAGGUUCCUUUGGGUGAUUAGAAAACCUCACCAAACCUCAAGCUCUGCCUCAUUCUUCUCCUCUACUUCCAAUGGUGAAGACCCUCUUGCCUUUCUACCAUUAGGGUUUGUUUCAAGGAUCCAAGGACGUGGACUCGUUAUUCCCGAUUGGGCUCCACAAGGAAGGAUAUUGGCCCAUAGUUCCAUAGGUGGAUUCAUGUCACACUGUGGGUGGAAUUCAACCCUUGAGAGUGUCAAAAAUGGUGUGCCUAUGAUAGCAUGGCCACUCUAUGCUGAGCAAAGAAUGAAUGCCCUAAUGUUGGCUAAUGAGAUUAAGGUUGCUCUAAGGCCCAAGAUGGAAGAUGAUGGGAUUGUUUAUAAACAUGAGAUAGAGAGGGCGGUGAGAUGUUUGAUGGAAGAGGAAGAAGGAAAACUUUUGAGGGAGAAGAUGGGAGAGCUUAAGACUGCUACAGAUUCAGCCUUGGCUAAGGGUGGGACUUCUUAUGAAUCAGUGAAUGAUGUUGCUGAAGAAUGGAGGUUUGGCUCCCCAAUAUGGAAGGACAUGAAAAAGGUUUCAUUUGUAGUUGGAAACCGAUGAUGAUUUGCAUGCUUUAAAACUUAAAAGACACAGUCGUGUAGUUUUAUAAUUUGUCCAGUGAGUUUAACAUUUUUCUUCUCUAGUUUUAGCAUUGACCAGUGGAUUAGAAUGCUUUGUCUUCCUUUUUCUAUCUCCCUUUAUGUUUUUUCCUAUGCCGCCCUGUGUCGGUUUUGUCACAGCAAACCAAGCAGAAUUAUCAGCAUUGCUACAAGGGGUGUCUAUAUGGAGAGAGAGAGAUUUGGGGAAUAGAUUGUUUGUGGCGAGGGAUUCAUGGAAUGUGAUCAAUUGGUGCGAUCGAUCUUCUAGACCUCCUUGGAAUUUAAGAUCUUUGUGGUUACAGGUUUUGGAUAAAACUCUCGGCUGCGUGGCGAGUAUUAACCAUGUUUAUAGGGAGGCUGAUGUGGUGGCAGAUGAUUUAUCCAAGAAGGGUGCUUCUUUAGAUAACUCGUUUAUUUCUCCAGUGUUGUUUUGAUGUAUAAUUAUUGCAAUUACCCUUUGAUCCAAUAAAUCUAAGUACUUGUCAAAAACAAAACAUCUUGGUAAUGAAUUAUUUUGCU